AUGGCUUCGUCAUCACCGGACACCACCACGCUCCCAUUGCUCCAAUUCCCGCCGGAAGUCCGCCUAUCUAUCUACCAGUACCUGAUCCCGGACGUCCCGAUCCGCAACUUCUCGCUGCUGCGCGACCGCUCGAAGACAAUCCACCUGCGGCACGAUGGCUCGCGCUGCUGCCCGGCGCUCCUGCGCACAAACCACCAGAUCUACGCCGAGGUGAUCCAGGAAUGGUACGGGUCGACGUCCUACGAGGUCGUCCUGGAUACGAAGUACAUCUUGUUCUGUGGCAAGGUCAUCCCGCCGUAUGUGCCGCUGCCGUCGACGAUCCAGUGGGUCCAGUCCAUGCGCCUGUGUCUGUCGAUUCAGGGCACGCCGCGCCAUAUUCACAGCCAGUCGACGCUGGAGCAUCUCCUCGGGUUCCAGGAUCGCUUGACGACGCUCGCGGCGGCGUUGUCCGAUAAGGGCUAUCGGAAGCUGAGUCGGCUGCAGAUCGAUAUCGGGGUCAAUAUUCCGCUCCUGUUGAGUUUGAGUAAGACGCCCAGUGAAUUGCUGGAGUUGUUGAAUUGGAACCUCCUCCCGUUGAGGGAGAAUGUGCGCGACGUGCCUGAUGUGCGCUGGGAGUUGCAGGAGCAGAGCUAUGGCAUUCAGAGCGAGGAGUUUCAGCGCUCGUAUGCCGGCAUGAAGUCCAUCAUGUGUGCUUUCUUGCAGGAUAUGCGCUUGGAUAUGUUAGAGAGGCCGGAUGGGUGA